UUCUCCUGGUUGCCUCUUCUUACUCCCCUGAUCUUCUCCCGGUUUCAGCUAUACGAAAUAACUUGGUUCCUUUCAAAUAAAAACAAAUAGAUUUACACAUAUCACCUAUGAGGUAUGGCAGCGAAUUUCGGGAAGAUCUUAAUCGGCAUAUAUGUGGAAAUCAAACGAAGCGAUGGACGAAUACAUCAGGCGAUGGUCACGUCUUUAAACGAAGACAACGAAAGUGUCACGGUGGAAUGGAUUGAGAAUGGAGACACCAAAGGGAAAGAGAUUGACUUGGAGAGCAUAUUUGCACUAAAUCCAGACCUAGCCCCAGAUGAGGACAUUGCACCAAGUCCCGAGACCCCUCCACCGCCCGCUUCAAGUUCUGUGAAAGUUAAUAAGAUACCCAAGAACCGACGCACAGUUGCACCCCCUAAGAAUGAAAUUCCUAGAGAUAACAGAGCUGGGAUGACCCGAGCCCGGCCUGCUCAGCCCCUGGAGCAGGCCCCACCGCCCCCGGCCCCACAGCCCAUACAACAGCAGACCCUGCAGCAGCAGCAGAACGCCCGCAGGAAAUCCAACUGCGUGAAGGAGGUGGAGAAGCUGCAGGAGAAGCGGGAGAGGAGGCGGCUUCAGCAGCAGGAGCUGAGGGAGAAGAGAGCACAGGAUGUGGACGCCACGAACCCAAACUAUGAAAUCAUGUACAUGAUCCGGGACUUCCGAGCCAGCCUCGACUACCGGCCUUUAACCACGGCUGACCUGAUUGAAGAGCACAGGAUAUGUGUGUGCGUCAGGACACGUCCGCUUAAUAAGAAAGAGCUGGCCAUGAAGGACCUUGACGUAAUCACCAUCCCCAGCAAAGACGUGGUCAUGGUCCACGAGCCCAAACAGAAGGUGGACCUCACCAGAUACCUGGAGAAUCAGACGUUUCGCUUUGAUUACGCCUUCGACGACACCACCACUAACGAAAUGGUUUACAGGUUCACUGCCAGGCCGCUGGUGGAGACAAUAUUCGAGAGGGGAAUGGCCACUUGCUUUGCUUACGGACAGACAGGAAGUGGAAAAACACAUACAAUGGGAGGAGAUUUUUCUGGGAAGAACCAGGACUGUUCAAAAGGAAUCUACGCACUGGCUGCUCGGGAUGUUUUUCUCAUGCUGAAGAAACCGAACUACAAGAAAUUAGAUCUUCAGGUGUAUGCAACGUUCUUUGAAAUCUACAGCGGAAAGGUGUUCGAUUUGUUGAACCGGAAGGCCAAGCUUCGAGUCCUCGAGGACGGGAAGCAGCAGGUGCAGGUGGUGGGACUGCAGGAGCGAGAGGUCAAAUGCACAGAAGACGUUCUCAAGCUCAUUGAAAUAGGCAACAGCUGCAGGACAUCCGGUCAGACGUCCGCCAACGCCCACUCGUCCCGGAGCCACGCCGUGUUCCAGAUCAUUCUGCGGAGGAAAGGGAAGAUGCACGGCAAGUUCUCGCUCAUCGACCUGGCGGGGAACGAGCGGGGGGCGGACACGUCCAGCGCCGACCGGCAGACGCGACUCGAGGGAGCCGAGAUCAACAAGAGCCUGCUGGCGCUCAAGGAGUGCAUCAGAGCCCUUGGCCGUAACAAACCUCACACUCCGUUCAGAGCCAGCAAGCUCACGCAGGUAUUGCGGGAUUCCUUCAUCGGAGAAAACUCCAGAACAUGUAUGAUUGCCACUAUCUCUCCCGGAAUGGCGUCCUGUGAAAACACAUUAAACACACUGAGAUACGCGAACAGGGUAAAGGAGUUCGGAAUAAGUCCCUCGGACAUUCCCUUCUCCCAGAGCGGCGGCAGUCGCUCUGAGCUGUCACCCACCUAUGAGUAUGAUGACUUUGUCACUUCGCCCAGCAGAGUGAAGGAACUGACGGUGGACCCGAACGCAGUUGUAGAGGGACGUCCCAACAUCCAUGCAGUCAACCAGCUGGAUGUGCUGGAGGCGCAGUGGGGAGUGGGUAGCUCCCCCCAGAGGGAUGACCUGAAGCUGCUCUGUGAACAGAAUGAGGAGGAGGUGUCCCCUCAGCUCUUCACCUUCCACGAGGCCGUGUCACAGCUGGUCGAGAUGGAAGAGCAGGUGCUGGAGGACCACAGGGCCGUUUUCCAGGAGUCAAUACGGUGGCUGGAAGAUGAGAAAGUACUACUUGAAAUGACAGAGGAAGUGGAUUAUGAUGUGGAAUCCUACGCCACUCAACUAGAGCAAAUACUGGACCAAAAGAUUGAAAUUUUAACAGAGCUGAGAGAUAAAGUGAAGGCGUUCCGCUCAGCGCUCCAAGAGGAGGAGCAAGCCAGUAAGCAGAUCAACCCAAAACGGCCACGUGCCCUGUAGGAUGGGGCCACCUCCUCUGACAGGCCGAUAGGAAAACGGCCUCUAAACCCGUCAAUGCGGGUUGGGAGAACCUGGUUGCACAAUAAAUCUUUACAGAGACUUUUUCCACUCGCAAUACAUUUUUGUGUUGUACAUGAAAAUACUUCCAUGGUGUUAAGUGGUUUUCACCCCAGAAAAAAAACUGUAUACAGUAAUGACUAGAAUUUUGGCUUCUGGUAACCUCUGUUAAUCGUGUUAUGGUUUUAUUAUGAGACCUCUUCGGGCAGGUUUAAAAUGUAUUGCAUGCGCAAACAACCAGCUGUGAUUGUAAUUGAGCAUCCUCCCCAUAGACAUGACUGUGUCUUGUCUGUCCGUGCUGUAAAUAGCUUUCUUUAGGGUCCGGCUGUCUUUUACCAGAACGCCCUACUGCAGUCAGACGUCUGAAUAAAGCAGCAUUACUCGCCAGUGUACAUUCACUUCAGUGUACCUACUUCUACGUGUUUUUACAACCCUUGUCUAGUUUACCUUGGUUUUGUGCCAUGUCGUGUUUUGAAAAGGCUAUCAAGACUAUUGCAUAGAGGCAUUCCUUUUUUUUGCUUUUAAUACUGUAAAAAGUUUUUCAUCUCAUUUAACACUAUUUGUAAAAAAAAAAAAAAACUAAAGGACAAAGUAUUAACAUGUAUAGUAAAUGCAACAGAUUUUUGGGGAUAACUUUUACUGGUACAGAUGUUACUUGAUG